AUGGUGUCCCCAUACCUACGCAUCGACUUUCGUGACCUGGCACGAUCUGUAGGUCUCGACGUCCAAAUUUUCAUCGAGGAUGUCCAAAAGUUAAUACAAGAUGAGAACCCUAAGACGCGCUCGAGCACGUUUGGCUGGCAAGCUUACUACCCGUUAACUGAUGUAUAUGACUGGCUCAGAUCUCUUGAAACAACAUAUGAAGAUAGAGUGUCAAUUAUCAACAUUGGGAAAUCCUACGAAGGACGCGAUAUUCUCGGAGUAAAGAUUUCUUCCAAGAGAGAAGGAAGCAAAGCUAUCUUUCUGGAGUCU